GCCUCUUCCGUGGUGUAUGUUGAUUUACAAACAGGAAGCGCUUGCCGGAAGUUGCUCCCGUAUUCGUGACGUGUUCUUGUAAGUAGUAUUUGCAGUUGCUGCUGACUGAUCAAAUUCCACACUCAAAUGCGGCGAGGGUUUGCUGAUAAAUUAUAGCCACAAUCAGUACAAUAGGAAAGGGAUCUUGAUACGACCUACAAAAAUGACAACCAUGUUCGCAGACACUAUUCUUAUUGUGUUCAUCUCUGUUUGCACAGCUCUGUUAGCUGAGGGUAAGUAACUACAGUAGCUAGCUAACUUGUUAACGUUAAUUUUAGCUAAGCUAUUUGGCUGACUUUAGCUAGCUACCUGAUACGGGCUUUCUAAUUUUGGCUAGCUAACUUCAAACAUAUUCGUUUUGUAUUUUGUUUGGUAAACGCUGAGUGCUGUAGAUGUUUUGUCAUUUGGAAACCUAUUUAAUCCGGGGCAUGGGUAGCAUGUCGCCUCUUAGCUUUGGGACACAACAUCGCGAGUCUCCCAAUGUGUGUCCCAAAGCCCGAUGAGUUGUGGCCCAAAGCUAGUCCCCUGUCAAAACGAUAGGAACUAGCUAGUAAGGUAGCUAGCAUUGCCCAGAGAAUACCCUUGCCCAGAGCCAUGUAUUUAGAAAUACAAUAUUGGCUUGGCUUUAGAUCUGUCCUACAGCCAUCAGAGCUAGGCAUUGUGAGCUCUCGGCCAGGUCACUGGGUAUCUGUUAACGACUUUGUGACAACGGCUGAUGUAAAAAGGACUAAAUAAAUGUGAUUGAUGGUCACCAUUGGUGCACUAUUGAUAAUAACCGCAUACUUGUUCUUUGUAGUUAGUGACAGUAGCCUAUGUUUCAUCAGGAGAUGAUUGGGGCAUCAUUAAAUACACAUGCAUUAUUUUCUAUUGAUAUGUUGAUGUAUGAAUGCUCUAUAUGUCAUAUUUGCCUAACCUUUAAACAUCUCCAUCCUAAGGAAUUACAUGGGUGCUGGUGUAUCGUACUGCGAAGUACAAGAGUCUGAAGGCAGAGGUGGAAAAGCAAAGCAAGAAAUGUGAGUGUCUUUAAAUACAUUUUCAUUGCUUUUCACUUUUUACACAUAGAUGACAUUGUUCAAUUCUUGGAUAGCAUUGUUGUUGCUAAGGGUGACAGCUCUGUAGUGAAAAAUAUAUAUUUUUUUCUAUUUUAAUAUUUCAGUGGAAAAGAAGAAGGAAACCAUUACAGAAUCUGCAGGACGUCAACAGAAGAAAAAGAUUGGUAAGAAAGAACAGAGUCAUAUGUUUAUACAGUUGAAGUCAGAAGUUUACAUACACUUAGGUUGGAGUCAUUAAAACUUGUUUUUCAACCACUCCACAAAUUUCUUGUUAACAAACUAUAGUUUUGGCAAGUCGGUUAGGACAUCUACUUUGUGCAUGACACAAGUAAUUUUUCCAACAAUUGUUUACAGACCGAUUAUUUCACUUAUAAUUCACUGUAUCACAAUCCCAGUGGGUCUGAAGUUUACAUACACUAAAUUGACUGUGCCUUUAAACAGCUUGGAAAAUUCCAGAAAAUGAUGUCAUGGCUUUAGAAGCUUCUGAUAGGCUAAUUGACAUAAUUUGAGUCAAUUGUAGGUGUACCUGUGGAUGUAUUUCAAGGCCUACCUUCAAACUCAGUGCCGCUUUGCUUGACAUCAUGGGAAAAUCUAAAGAAAUCAGCCAAGACCUCAGAAAAAAAAUUGUAGACCUCCACAAGUCUGGUUCAUCCUUGGGAGCAAUUUCCAAACGCCUGAAGGUACCACGUUCAUCUGUACAAACAAUAGUACGCCAGUAUAAACACCAUGGGACCACGCAGCCGUCAUACCGCUCAGGAAGGAGACGCGUUCUAUAAUAUAAUAAUAUAAUAAUAAUAUGCCAUUUAGCAGACGCUUUUAUCCAAAGCGACUUACAGUCAUGUGUGCAUUCAUUUUUACGUAUGGGUGGUCCCGGGGAUCGAACCCACUACCCUGGCGUUACAAGUGCCAUGCUCUACCAAUUGCGCUACAGAGGACCAUGUCAUGGCUUUAGAAGCUUCUGAUAGGCUAAUUGACAUAAUUUGAGUCAAUUGGAUGUGUACCUGUGGAUGUAUUUUAAGGCCUACCUUCAAACUCAGUGCCUCUUUGCUUGACAUCAUGGGAAAAUCUAAAGAAAUCAGCCAAGACCUCAGGUUCAUCCUUGGGAGCAAUUUCCAAACACCUGAAGAGGUUCCAUGUUCAUCUGUACAAACAAUAGUACUCAAGUAUAAACACCAUGGGACCACGCAGCCGUCAUACUGCUCAGGAAGGAGACGCGUUCUGUCUCCUAAAGAUUAACGUACUUUGGUGCGAAAAGUGUAAAUCAAUCCCAGAACAACAGCAAAGGACCUUGUGAAGAUGCUGGAGGAAACAGGUACAAAAGUAUCUAUAUCCACAGUAAAACGAGUCCUAUAUCGACAUAACAUGAAAGGCCGCUCAGCAAGGAAGAAGCCACUGCUCCAAAACCGCCACAAAAAAGCCAGAUUGGUUUGCAACUGCACAUGGGGAGAUUGUACUUUUUGGAGAAAUGUCCUCUGGUCUGAUGAAACAAAAAUAGAACUGUUUGGCCAUAAUGACCAUCGUUAUGUUUGGAGGAAAAAGGGGGUGCUUGCAAGCCGAAGUAAAAAUUAUAAAGUGGUUAUCCCACUGGCUAUAAGGUGAAUGCACCUAUUUGUAAGUCGCUCUGGAUAAGAGCGUCUGCUAAAUGACGUAAAUGUAAAUGAAGAACACCAUCCCAACCGUGAAGGACGGGGGUGGCAGCAUCAUGCUGUGGGGGUGCUUUGCUGCAGGAGGGACUGGUGCACUUCACAAAAUAGAUGGCAUCAUGAGGAAGGAAAAUUAUGUGGAUAUAUUGAAGCAACAUCUCAAGACAUCAGCCAGGAAAUUAAAGCUUGGUUGCAAAUGGGCCUUCCAAAUGGACAAUGACCCCAAUCAUACUUCCAAAGUUGUGGCAAAAUGGCUUAAGGACAACAAAGUCAAGGUAUUGGAGUGGCCAUCACAAAGCCCUGACCUCAAUCCUAUAGAAAAUGUGUGGGUAGAACUGAAAAAGUGUGUGCGAGCAAGGAGGCCUACAAACCUGACUCAGUUACACCAGCUCUGUCAGGAGGAAUGGGCCAAGAUUCACCCAACUUAUUGUGGGAAGCUUGUGGAAGGCUACCUGAAACGUUUGACCCAAGUUAAACAAUUUAAAGGCAAUGCUACCAAAUACUAAUUGAGUGUAUGUAAACUUCUGACCCACUGGGAAUGUGAUGAAAGAAAUAAUAGCUGAAAUAAAUAAUUCUCUCUACUAUUAUUCUGACAUUUCACAUUCUUCAAAUAAAGUGGUGAUCCUAACUGACCUAAGACAGGGAAUUUUUACUAGUAUUAAAUGUCAGGAAUUGUGAAAAACAGAGUUUAAUUGUAUUUGGCUAAGGUGUAUGUAAACUUCCGACUUCAACUGUAUAUUUGGACCAAAGCUUUCCUGGACCAUAGCUAUCGUCUCAUCAUAACUUUGUCAAGACUAUUACGAUUAUAGAUAUGACGGUUGGUGUAUAUAAAAUAAUGUGUGGUCCCCAUACACAAUAUUCUAAUUUUAACUUCACAGAGAGACAAGAGGAGAAACUGAAGAACAACAACAGAGAUCUAUCCAUGGUGAGAGAAACGUGUUUUGUUGUCAUACAAAUUAAGCAAACUAAAGCCCUGUGUAUUCCUUCCUCAUUUCCUAUCUAGCUUCAUCGAUGAAGGGGUGACCACAUUUAAUCUGACUGUCCUCCAUCUUGCGUUACAGGUACGAAUGAAGUCCAUGUUCGCCAUUGGCUUCUGUUUCACAGCGUUGAUGGGAAUGUUCAACUCCAUGUGAGUGUACAGACAAUGACAAAUGCUAUCUGUUAGAUCUAGUGGCACAGGUGGCUACUCUGUUAUGAUGACAAACAACUCACUGUGUUCUUUGUGUGAGUUCUUUGUUAAGCAAUGGCUCAGCUCAAAGUUAGUCAUUCAAUGCACCUCCUUACCCACUGUUUGUUAAUAUCAUUGUUUGUUUGUUUUAGCUUUGAUGGAAGGGUGGUGGCCAAACUGCCAUUCGUCCCACUGUCCUACAUUCAGGGCCUUUCCCAUCGCAACCUUCUGGGCGAGGACUUCACUGACUGCUCCUUCAUCUUCCUGUACAUUCUCUGCACCAUGUCCAUCAGACAGGUAACUCAACUGACACUAUCUUACCACCUGUCAUGGGUUGCAGUGUAUCGACAAGAGUAGCAAAUACUGGGCUAACAAAAAGAGCAAGGCAGUUAACUUAUGGAUUUUAAGUUGAAGGUUUCCACAGACCCAAUCUCUUAAAAUAUGAUUCCACAUUCAACAGCUUACGGUUCACAACUUACCAGAACUGGGACUUCUCAUACAUAUCCUUGGUUUCUGUCUAAAUGCUAUUUAAAUAUGGUUUCCAUCCAUCCACAGAACAUCCAGAAGAUGCUGGGUCUGGCCCCCUCCAGAGCUGCCACCAAGCAGGCUGGAGGUUUCUUGGGACCCCCUCCCCAGGCAGCUAAGUUCUCCUAAGCACCAAGCACACGGGUGGCGUUCCAGGCUGACUACAUUACAGUCCAAUGGUUGUGUGCCGUGUCAUCGAGUGCGCAGCCGAGCAUCAGAUGCUGUAUCAUAUAAUGUGGUUUUUGCAAUGUAGUCUGCCUAGAACGUGGCCAGUGUCUUCAGUCCUAUUUCUACACUGUGACUGUCUGGCCACAGAGAGAAGUUAGGGGACAGCCCCCUCAUCUGUUCAGAGAAUGACAUUGCUGUCACAAAGAUGGAUGGGACGACUCUUUGGAUGCAUUGAAUACCAUCAGCAGCUACUGUAUCAUUAAUUCAUUACCUGUACCCACUAUUUCAUUGAAAUUUGUAGUAUACCUGGUUUGACCCUUUUUUCCUGUUUUUGUUGCUUUUUAGAUCAAUUAGUUUGACAUAAAAGUAGCUAUGAUUGUCAGUAUAAAUGAUUUACAAAAUGUUACAAAAGUGUGAAGAAUAUCCUGUGUUUAUAUUCAGAUAAACAUUGUGAUAAGAUGCUAAACAAAGAUCGUAUGAGAUUGGAAUAAAUUAAGCAGAACUGGGAGUGGAUUGGCUGUUUGGUUCAUCAGUACAUUAUGUGAUUACCUGGCUGUGUAGUAUUUCAUUUCUUACUAAUUGAAUAAAUGUUUUAUCACAUUUUA